UUAAAUGAAAAGAAGUGAGGAGCAAGCUAUUAAACCGAGUUUCCUGGGUUCGGAAAUAAGGAGCAGAAGGACCACGCUUCCAAAACCCUAAUACACUUUCCCCUUUUUCUCCGGAAUACAGCAUGGCUAGUAAGACCAAAACAAAACGACCUAAUUGUGGAACCGCAGCAGUUGAUAGACUUGGCAACUUACCCCGAAGCUUAAUUGAACUCAUCCUGAAACACUUGCCGGUCCACGAUGUAGCGAGAAUGAGUAUCCUCUCGAAAACAUGGAGGGAUGUUUGGGUGAUGCACCCACACCUGGUUCUUGAUGAGCUAUUUUUUAAACAACUAGUUUCUAAGAAAGUUUCGAAAAAGGAUAAACUAGCUCAAGUAUCUCAAGUUUCGAGAACUAUUAGUAAUAUUCUUUUAGUUCACACUGGCCCCAUUUUAAAGUUCCAUCUCUUCAUUCCUCGAGAUUUGCCUCUUCAUCAAUGUGUAGACGUGGAUUUUUGGAUUAAAAACAUCUCAAAUGCGGUUAGGAAAUUGGAGCUUUUUAAUAAACCUUUCACUGCCUACAAGAUUCCCUUGUAUUUGUUUUCCUGCUCGGAGUUGACUCACUUGCAUCUCACAAAAUGUAUACUGAAUCCACCCCAUAGAUUUGGAGGCUUUUGUAAUCUGAUUAGUGUUAAGCUUGAAGAUAUUGUAAUCACUGCUGACAUGUCAUUUGGGACUCAACUUAAAACACUGGAGCUGGAAGGUUGUGCUGGGAUCAAACAUUUGGGAUGUCAUUUUGAUAAUAACAACGUUCUCACUCGCUUGGUAAUUCUAUACAGUGAAGAAAUUGAUUUGGGAUGGUUUGAGUGCAUCCAAAAGGUGGAAACUCUUAUGUUGAAAGCAGUGUCUAAUUCUAGGAAUGAACGCAUCAGUUUCAACAAGCUAGUUGCCAAUAUGCCUAGAAUCAAUGCUCUAGUGCUUGAUGACUUUUUUCUCGAGUCUUUGGAACCGGGUGCAACUGUUUUGGAGAGGCCUAUAACAACAUUACGGCUGUUGUUCCUUGUUCGUGUUAGAUCUGAAUAUUUGGUUCAUGUACAGUACUUGAUCAGGUGUUCGCCCAAUUUACUGCAUCUUGACAUAAACUUGGAAAAUGGAGUAAAUAGCAGCGAUAAUAUGGAGGCACCGGACUUUAUGGUGUCCUCGGCGCAUAUGAUUUUAGACAAACUUAAAGUUGUGGAAAUGCAUGGGAUAGUUGGUUCAAAGGCCGAGUUUCAGUUAAUAAAGUUUUUGCUUGCAUCUACCCCGUGGCUUAGACGGAUUGAACUUUAUAAGGACACCACAGUUGAUCCUAAAGGAGAGUUAAGGAUUUUACAAGAACUAUUGCAGAUCCCAAGAGCAUCCACAUCUUCAAAGAUUAUAUGGAAGUAAUUUGUAGUAGGAACUAGAGGGCAUACUUGUUUUCGAAGCAGAUGUCAGAGCAUCAUAUAAUUGUUUAUGGACAGUCCUAUCGUUUGCCUGUCACUCUAAGGCUCCCCCACUUUUGGUGGGUGGACGUGGCUGUAUCUUAUAUAUAGGUCCAGGUCGUGGUGAAUGAUAAUUUUGGCCAACCUUUCUGCAGAUAAUAUGCUCUGAAAGGUGUAAGGCUUGGUUUUUGUAUGAACAUAACCGUGUAAAGGCUUGAACGCUAAAUUUGAAGGUAUUAAUUUCCCAAGAUUACAUUCUGACA